GACAGCUCCAGGGGCAAGAGGUGCUGGUUCUGGCAGACCUUAGUGAAGAUACUGCCUACGAGCUGUGUGGACAGGAGGCUCCACAACAGCAGCGCAACAAGCACGCAGUAGUGGGGAGUAACGGGCAGAGGGUCCUAUGUUUGGUUGGUGGCCAAUCAUUUUUGCUGAAGACCUUGGUGAUCCUCCAUCUGAGGUGGACUUGGCCGAGAAUAAAGGAGCUUCACUGGAAGACGCUGAUAGCAAACACAGCCACUGAGAACAAAAAAAGGCUCCAGGAAGACAUCUUAGCUAGGAAGCAGUUUUUGAAAAUGUUUCAGGUGAAAGCAGAGCUUGAGUCGUGUAUACAAAACCUUCGCACCCUUGCCAAAAAAGCUGACAAGGUGCACAAACGUUGCUCUGUCUCCAAUGUGGUGACCAGCUCUGUUGGUGCUGUCUCUGGAGUCAUGAAUAUCCUUGGCCUAUCUCUGGCACCCUUCACAGCGAGGGGAAGCCUGCUGCUCUCCGCAGCUGGGAAAGGCCUGGGAACAGUGACUGCCGCAACUAGUGUUACGACUACCCUCACAGAAGAGUCACAUAUAUCCUCAGAGGCUAAAGCCAAACGCAUCCUGUCGACCCAUGAGGACAACACAAUGAAAUUGCUAGGGGGUUGGAAUAAGACUGUGUUUGAAUUUAUCAAAAACUGUAGGGAAUUUAUCAAAAACUGUAGGAAAUUCAUCAAGAAUAUUGAAGCCAUGGGGAAAAACAUCCAUGCUCUCGGGAGAGCCCUAGUCCACCCUCGCUUAGCAUGAGAUGCCAUCCGCUUCAUAACCACUGGGGGACUCUCGGCCCAAAGGGCUCAGCGGGUGGAGAGGGCAUUUCAAGGCACUGCCCUGUCAAUGAGCAGAGGAUCCGGAUCA